UGCAGUCAUACUGAAUACAGCAAUCGUUUUAUGUAGCAGAGAGCCUUUAACACUGUCAUGACAUUUCAUUUAGCAACUGAUUGCUUCAUAUCACUGCACAUGUGUGUGCUUUUGCAUGUAUUUCAUUGAUAAUUGUCCUAUUACUGCAAGAAAGGAUUUCCUGGCAUGCAUGUUCCAGCUACAAAGUCCCUUUGCGCCUCUAUUACCGUACUUACGGUAGCUUAAUUUGCGAUGGGAGGGAUCAGAGGGCCCCCAUACCUCUCUCAUUGUCACUCCGGCUCCCUUCACACACAAGGGUAUUAGUGCCGCUCAGCAGCCUGAAGCUCCAGAAGCCGCUGCCUUGCCCUCCCCUUGAGCCCUCUUCACGUACAAGAAGCUGGAGUAACUGCCCGUCCCCACCAGGUCUGAGCAGACCCCUGAUCCCGGCUCCUUUCAUCCCUACGUGAAGGCAGCUCUCUGAGGUGACGCGUCCCCUCCCCGGCGUCCCAGCAGGCAGGCAUGGCAGACGGUCGACAGCCAGACGAGCACUGGGCCUCAAACGGCCAGGAGAACGGCGAGAAUGGCUACUCCGCCUACAGCUCUGCGUACAGGGAGAACGGAUACCACGGCGGGGCAGCUGCACACCCUGGAACGACAGUGGAUGACUCAGCCAAUUUGCCUCCCUCCCCUCCCCCCUCUCCAUCCGCUGAGCAGAUUGGGCCUGUGGCACAAGACCAGCCAGAAGAACAUGUCAGUAAGGCCUCGUGUGAGUCUGCUGUGAAAGAAGAGGAAACUCAAGAGGCAUCCAUUCGUCAGGAGUGUACAGUUGCAACAGCUGAGGGAGAAGAUGUUGCCUCGAUUGAACCUCACUCCACAUCAAUAAAAGACAAAGAGCUCUCUGAAACCUCCUCAAUUGAGAAGGGUACCCAAGAGGAAAAGGAUAUAGUAGAAGAGUCUGCAAUGACUCACCCGCUUAUGGAGUCUGAAGCAAAAGAAACAAAACAACCUUCACUUGCAGAAGCGUUGCCUAGCUGUGAGGAGGAAGAAAGCGAGGAUAACACCCUAACAAGCAAAUCAGAAACAUGUGAAAUCAAAGAAUUAGCAGGGACAAUAAAUAAGGAAUGUCAAGAUAGCAGCAUGGACAAUACGUUGGAUAAGCCACCAGUGACUGACAUUUGUAAGCAAGAUAGCAUCAAGUCAGGUCCAGAACUACUUACAGAGGUCAAAGACUCAUCAGCUCCAGAAACUGGAGCAAAAUCCUACUUCGAGACAUCAAAAACCCAUGAAGAUUCUUCACAAGCCCAGAGCUAUUACGAACUCAGCACAGCGACAGAGACACACUUCACAGGUGAAAUCAAGAGCAAUUUGCAGAAGCCUGAGGAAAAGCAGGAGACGAUUCAAAAAACAACUUCUGGCUUUGUUUUGGAACAAAGUAUUUCCUUAAACAUUAGCGUUGGGUCUUCGGCAGGGCUCACGGUGAAGGGAGAGAAGACAAAAGCCCUUUCAGAGAGCUUGGGUCCAAUUAGUGGAAGUUUUGAUGAACCUGAGGUAUACCCUUCGACACCAUCAGUGGAAAGCCAAUGUCAGUUUCCUCCAGCUGUUACCAUAACACAAACUACCACUGAGUCCUUUGAAGAUAUAUCCAACAACGAAGAAAAUACUUCUAUUUCUAGAUUUGAACGUACGGGCAGCCUCUCUGAGAUGUUGGACCUGGCUGGAGCCCUUCCAUCAAUCGAGAGGAAGGAGCUUGAUCACAUGAGACGAAAGUCCAUGCCUUGCAAUGUAUCCGCUUUGGUAGAGAGAUCUUUGGCCAAGCUUGCCUUGGGGGAUCAAACCUCGGAAGAGGUAGGAGAGGAAAGCCAGCUAGAGGAACUGGGCUAUUGUGUUUUCAAUGAGUACUCGGGGCCUAUGCCUUCUCCUGCUGAUGUACCAAGUCCAGGAGACUCCCCGCACCAGCGUUUUCCAUCUGUAGAGAGUGAGGUCGAGGAGGAACUUGGCACAAAAGUAGUUGAGGAUGUUCAAAAGGCAGAGCAACAAGAAGAUCAUAAAGGAACUGUCCCUGAGAUUGCUCAAAAAAUAGUGCUUGAAAAGAGAGAUACACCAGUAAAGUCUUCCUUGAUUCUUGAAAGAGCUGUGCCAAGCGGAAUAAAACCUGAUCGCCUAAGAAUACCGAUGACUUCUACAAAAGACAGACUGACUGAGUUUCGUUUGGAGACAGGCCUACCUGGUGACAUACAGAUCCAAGCAAUCCCUGAGGUAGAUGUUGAAAAAGACCCCUCGAGAGAGGCAUCUCCUAUCCCACCAGACAUCUCCUUUACUUUCAGUUCUUCGGAAACUGGAAUCAGAACUCCAACACCCAGAUCCCCAGAUGAUACAAAAUCAGAAACCCAAGCCACUGAACUGAAGCCAAGGAAAGAUGACUUACCAGAGGACCAGGGAAAGAACGAGCCAGAGUCUGAGGGGACUGAUCAUAGAGCCACCAAGUUAGAAAUGGAAUUGGAGAAAUCUGUAUGGAAGGAAACCAGUGAGGACCAAGAAAUGGAAAACCAAAACAUACCUUUACCAUAUCGGUCUUUAGUAGAGGGCACAGAAACAGGUGACGGUGGGAUACCUGUGAGAUUGGAUGGAAAAGAAAAGCAAGAAACCUCCACAGCUGGUCAGGAUUUAAGCACUGAGAAGCCCUUUGAAGAUAAAUUGAAGUUACCAAAAGAUAAAAGUUCACCAAAGCCAACAAUAUCCUCCCCAAUUAUCAUCAUACCACAAGCCCAAGUAGAAGAAGAAGAAGAAGAAGCAGAUGAAGACGAUGAUAUUGAGAUUGCUGAAGAGCCUCAAGAGAUGAUGGAGGAACCUGAAGUGCCUGUGCUCUCCAAGAAAGAUAAAGCAAUCGGAGAUAUUGGGACGGUAGAGCAAAAGAGAGUACAGGUAACGCUGAUGGUAGAGGAUCAGCUGGUGGAUGAAGAUCCAAAGUCUGGAGCAGAAGAAUGGAGUCGUAGUGCCCACAACAGUGAUGGGGAGCCUGCCACGGACAGUUCACACCUGUCUCCAUGCUCGGAGCAUGAUCAAGCGGUUGAAGGUGGUAGAGAAGAUGGAAUGCAGGAGGCUAAAGUAGCACAUAUAAGUAAGGAUGAACAGAGUGAAGAUAAGGUUCAGUUGGUAGAAAAGGACCAACUACUUGGGGAAGAAGUGGAGGAAGUUUGUUCCGAUAAGGUACUUGAAGAGAGGGAGUUCAAAACCAAAGAAGAUGAUGGUAACAGGGAAGAGAGGUUGGGUAAGGAUGGGGAGGAGAAAGACAUUGAGAUUGGUCAGGAAGUGGAGGAGACCUCAGACGUUUCCUGCCAAGUGGCUAACGAUGAAACCACUAUGGAUGUCUCCAUCCUAGAUACAGACAGUGGCUGGAUUGACUCACAAGAUGAUGACAAAAGUAUCGUGACAGAGCAAAUCGAAGCCCUUCCUCAGAUCCAGAGUCCUAUCAGUGCACCUGUGGUGGACAAACCCGCUAAACGGGCCCCUGGCAGAGGAAGGGGCCGUCCUGGUACUACUGAGGGUAAAGUGUUUCGAAAAGGACCCAGCCAACGUCCACCAAGAGAGGAGAUCAAGAAGAAAAAAGUAGUCGUGAGGAGGGCUGACCAGAAUAAGGUGUUAGCCCUCCAAAGUCGUUCUCCAUCUCGAAAGAGUGUAGCCAGAGUGGCGGCCAGACAUCCUAGGCCUGCUCUGCUUCACGGCUCUGCUAGACGCAAGGCCACAGGUAUGGAAAGCCAUCAGCCCCUCAGCGUGGCCCACCAGUCCAGGGAGAGGACCACUGAGAGAGCAUACCGCAGCCCCGAGAAAAGGUCGUCCCUGCCCAGGCCUGCCAAGUCUCUGACGCGCCACAUCCCUGCUGCUGAACAGGACGACAACAGCACCCCCUCCAGGCCAACCUCGUUCCAGUCCAGAGCGGACAACAGGUCUGGAAGAGCCACAGGCACAGAAUCGGCUCGUUCCCGAUCAGUCCGCAGCGGCGCCUCCACCCCUGGCUCCACCGCCGUCACACCCGGCACACCCCCAAGUUACUCCUGCCGCACUCCUGGCUCACGCACCCCCGGCAGCCACACGCCCAAGUCCUUCAGCGUCCUCCAGGAGAAGAAGGUGGCGGUGAUCCGAACCCCACCGAAGUCCCCGUCCUCCGCCCAGCGGCAGCUGAAGGUCCUCAAUCAGCCCCUGCCUGACCUGAAGAAUGUAAAGUCCAAGAUCGGGUCGACAUCCAACCUCAAGCACCAGCCAAAAGGCGGACAGGUUCAAAUUUUACACGAGAAGGUGGACUUCAGUCAUGUUCAGUCAAAGUGCGGCUCCAAGGAUAAUCUGAGGCACGCGCCCAAAGGAGGCAAUGUCAUGAUCCCGAGCGUCAAACUGGACUUCAGCCACGUUCAGGCGAAGUGUGGCUCCCUGGACAAGAUCCAACACGCGGCGGGAGGCGGAAACAUCCAAAUCCAGACCAAGAAGAUCGACUUGAGCCACGUCACCUCCAAAUGUGGCUCCAUGUCCAACAUCCGCCACAGACCAGGCGGAGGCAACGUGCGCAUUGAGAAUGUGAAGCUGGACUUUAAAGACAAGGCCCAGCCCAAGAUCGGCUCCCUGGGCAACACCAGCCACACUCCUGGAGGCGGGAACGUCAUGAUCGAGAGCCACAAACUGUCUUUCCGUGAAACAGCCAAAGCUCGGGUGGAUCAUGGCGCGGAAAUCAUCGUCACCCACUCCCCCGGCGUCGAGACGGGUGGCACUUCCCCUCGUCUGUCCUCCACCGGCAGCAUCAACCUGGAGUCACCGCAGCUCUCCACGCUGGCCCAGGACGUCACCGCCGCCCUCGCCAAACAGGGCUUAUGAGCUGUCUGAUUCGGUUCCCCCCUUUAAAAAAAAAACCCCACACCAUCACUUCUCCUCCUCCUAUCAUUCACUCAUCCAGUGUUCUCCCACGGUCCUUAAACGCAACAUGACACCUACUCUCGAUCCCACAGUUGUAGUUGAUCGACUUUCUCGUCCAUCAACGGCUUUUCCAUUCCUUCCAGCAAGAUUUUAGAAACGGAAUCAUUCUCCAUUCACUCCCUUAAAAAAAAGAAAAUGCCCAGCCACUCCUUUAUUUCUUUGUAAUUAUUUUUUUCCACUGAAAUAUGGGAUUUUUUUGUUUUGUCCUUCCUAGCUUGAUUGUAAGGAUGUUACGAUUUGAGCGGGUGUUUCUGUCUGAGAAGGCAUUGAGCGGUUUUUACGAUUGUACAGUGUUUUGGUUUUUUUUUGUCUUUUUUUUGUAGCUUGUAAAGCAUCACGUCCCACUCCAAUAAAAUCAACUCAUAUAUUAUCUCCAUCCAGAAUUUAAAGGAUGCAAGAUACAGCGUCUUAAAGCUACAACUGCGUGAGUGGACAUGGCGUGUUUCUGUUCCUGCAGAAGAAUGGCUGAUUAGCAUGUAUGCUAAUGUGACGACAUGAAUUCUGUUGGUUGGUUGGUUCAUGAUUUUCUGAUAUGUGCUGAAUUGUUGGACAAAUUGUGUUUUCUUUUUAUAUAUAUGUCACUGUAGUGGAAGUUGUUACAGUUUUUUGUACAUUCCCUGUGGCUGCACUGGCUUAUUAGCACGUAAGCUAAUGCAGUUGUGUUGCUAAAAGGCUAGCUUUUCAAUAGUUCUUGUUAAUGCAAACCAAUUGGCUGCUCUGUUUGUUCGGUUUCUACAUUAGCGCUGUGAUUUUAUUAGGCUACAACGAUGCUGUUAUGCUGGCAUGGCAAAUAAAUGAUACAUAAAUUAGAUCUAUUUGGAGCACUCUUAAACUUUUAAGCCUGAGUGGAUGCAUUUUAGUUUUCAAGGUCAGAUACACAGAUUCCCUAAAAGGCUCUGUGACAUUUCUUCUUUUUGCAGAGUUGUGCAAUGUUUCUUUGAAUGGGCGACUAAGCCAAAAGUGAGUUUAAAAAGUGGAAGCUUUAUAUGAAAACAUUCCAGUGAAAGAGCAGCUACCUGGCCCUUUUUUGUAGGACAAAACUUUUCUGGAAGUGAAAGCAGAAAUCACCCUCAACUUGCAGCUGUUAGAAAUCAUAUUAAAGAUGUUAAAUUAAAAAAAAAAACUAAUUUCUCUGCUCACCAUUGUACAACUCCUCUGCCUCCCCGUCCACCUCCCCUGAUGUCGGUUAUACCUCUAGUGUUUUCUGUGCUUCCUAUACUCUCGCCUCCCUCCUCCCCCCAGUCCUACAUUUUGCCUGUGUAAGUGUAUUUAAAAGACCUUGUAGAUGUGUGCACACUUUUCCGAUGUUUGAGACGUACUGAUGACAAAUGCUCCUACAGGAUGAAACAGAAAUAAAGAAAAUAAAAACUGA